AUGAAUGAUGAUGAGGGAUUUAUUUCUGAAGAAUCAGAUUAAAAUAAUUAUUAAUUAAAACUACCCAAAGAUAUAUUCAUUGACACUUCUAUCAACAUUCAAAUACCUAUACAUAAUAUUUAACAUAAAUGCGUCUAUUUAAAACAUAAGCAAACAUCAUCAUAUAAUUUCAAAUAUCAUUUCAAUGGAUUACUAAUAGAUGAUUAUAAACUUAUUAAAUCUUAACCAAUCAUUAACAAUGGAAUGUUUAACUCAGAUUUUGAAUCAGCAAAUCUUUAUGCAGCAUAUCAAAUCAAAGAAAAUGAAUUUAAUUUAAUUUUAUAAGAUGAUAUAAAUACUGUUGGCUAUUCAUAAUGGUUUUAUUUUGAAGUCAAUAAUCUUUAAGGAUAACUCCUCACUUUUCAUAUCAUUAAUUUAGUAAUCAUUCUCAUUCCUAUUUAGACUAAAGAAUACAAAUCAUUAAAAUAAGGUCUCUCCGUCAUGAUCAAAGAUGGUCCAUAUUGGCAACCAUUACAAACAAAUAUCAAAUUUAAAACUUCACAAUAUUAUAAAUUAAAAGUAACAAUCUUAAUCAUUUUUUUUGUUAGUACCCUUCACACAUGUACAAACUAUAUUCCUUAACUAUUAUCAUACCAUCUAUACAUAAAUAGUUCAAAUUGUCUCUUAAUCAUCCUUAUACUAAUUCGGAUCUUUAUGCUUUCCUUUAAAAUGAUUAUCAAAUCCUUACUACUUCACUCUCAGGUCUCAAAAUACCCAUCCUCAAAUUUGGCUCACCAAAUAAUGAUAUUAUUAUUGUUAUUGCUCGUUAACAUCCAGGAGAAACUGUAUCAUCCUAUGUUUGCUAAGGAUUCUUAAGUGCUCUUCAAAAAGAUAAUAAUAUACUUACUCAAAAAUUUCAUUUCAUAAUCAUACCACUCUUUAAUCCUGAUGGUGUACAAUAUGGCAAUUUUAGAUGUGAUUUAAGUGGUAAAGAUCUUAAUCGAUCAUGGCAUAAACCUAAUCCAUUAUUACAUUCCUAAAUUAUAGAAACUAAAAAUCUACUUAAAAAUAUUAUUCAAACUAGAAAUAUCGUUUGCUUUAUAGAUUUGCAUGGACAUUCAAAAAAGUAUCUAUUCUAUUCACUCUAGAUUAAACUCUUUUAUGUAUGCUUGUAGAGGAGAUCAAGAUGCCGUACAAUGUAGAAUAUUACCUUCAAUAUUUUCAAAAAAUAGUAAAUUCUUUGAUUUUCAAUCUUGUACAUUCUCUCUUGAACCAUCCAAAAUGAAAACUGCCAGAGCCUUCGUUUUUAAAUUAGUUAAGAAAUAUUAUCCAAAUCAAAUUCAUGAUAUAUUUACUCUAGAAACUAGUUUCUUUGGAUAUAAUGAAUUUUAUCAAAUCAAACAAUUUACUCAACAUGAUCUUUUAUAAAUUGGUUAUGAUCUCUACAAAAGCUUAUUACUUUAUUAUACAAAUUCUACCUAUAAAUAACAAGUAGCUCUUGAAUUAGAAAUUAAUAGACAAUAAUUCCAUAAUUAGGAUCUCUAUCAUAUUGAAGAUCAAAGUGAUUCUGAUCCUGAAAAUGGUAUUCUUAUAUAAAAAUAAACUAAAUUAAAGAAAAGAUUUGAAAAAAAAGUCUCCAUUAAUAAAGAAAUUAAUUUCAUUAAAAAAUUAUAAUAACCCUAAAUAACUUCUGUCAAUAAUAAUAACUAGGCAAAUUUUCGUUAUUUUUCAAUGCCCAAAAGUAAAAUUGAAAAGAGAUAAAUAAAGAGUUAAAGUUUUCAUUAAUAAAUGAAUAUCACAUAAUCUUAAAUUAAGGAUCUCUAGGUUGAUAUCACUCCAACUAACAAAAUUAAAUUGAAAACACAAUAAUCCAAUAAUAACUAAGAAAUGGAAUAGAGCUAACAUUAAAUUUUAAUUCCUUCACAAAAAAGGUAAAAUUUCCAAUUUUAAAAAACCAAUAUUGUUCCUCCAAUCCAUAAUGGAUUAUCAAUCAAAGUUGUUCAAAACAAAAUUAAGAAUGAAUUACCUUAUUAAUAAUAAAACUUAUCUUUUUUAUAAUAAAUACGAGUCAAUUAAUCAUUUUAAAGUACUUAAUACAAUAGCCCAGAAAAUAAGAAUUUAAUCGUAAUGUCAAAAUCAAUUUAGAAAAAAGAUACAUGGGAUCCAAGAUUGAUAUUUGAAUUUUCACAAAAAGUUAAACGAAAAAAUACACAGAAUAAAUUUAUUUGA